GACAGCCAGCCCCACAGAGGAGGACAAAAUGCCACCCUACGAUGAGCAGACACAGGCCUUCAUCAAUGCUGCCCAGGAGGCCCGCAACAAGUUUGAAGAGGCCGAGCGGUCCCUGAAGGACGUGGAGGAGUCCAUCAGGAACCUGGAGCAGGAGAUUUCCUUUGAUUUUGGUCCCCACGGCGAGUUUGCCUACCUGUACAGCCAGUGCUACGAGCUCACCACCAAUGAGUACGUCUACCGGCUCUGCCCCUUCAAGCUCGUCUCGCAGAAACCCAAACUCGGUGGCUCCCCCACCAGCCUCGGCACCUGGGGCUCGUGGGCCGGCCCCGACCACGACAAGUUCAGCGCCAUGAAGUAUGAGCAGGGCACGGGCUGCUGGCAGGGUCCCAACCGCUCCACCACUGUGCGCCUGCUGUGUGGGAAGGAGACAGUGGUGACUAGCACCACGGAGCCCAGCCGCUGCGAGUACCUCAUGGAGCUGAUGACACCGGCCGCCUGCCCAGAGCCACCACCGGAACCGCCCGCCGCGGGCAACCACGAUGAGCUCUAGCCCUGCCCUGCCCCGCCCGGCCCGGCCCGGCCCAGAGGUGGGUGGGGAGCCCCAGAACCUCAAGACGUGGAACCAGCCCCCAGCGGUGCUGCCCACCUGCCCCUCAGUCUGUAGACCAAGGCUUGCCCCUCUGGGUCUCCUUGCCCUCCCCAGCGGGCAGGAACCGGGUGGGGCUCCAUGCCCCGCUCUGGGGGCAGGCGGGGCAGAGCCAAGGUCCCCACAGGUGGAAUAAAGGAGCCUGCCCUCCCUGGGCCCCCCGCCCUGGUGGCCCCACCCCACCCCACCCUGUCCCCCACCCAGGGCAUCUGCCUCCCCUCCUGGUGCGGAAGAGUGACUUGACCUGUGACCUCCAAACAAUAAACGUGAUCUCCCCAACUCAUCUGUCUGUCUUUGCUCGG